UAUUAAAAAUUAACAAUGUCCCUGGCUAGUAAAUAGCUCUUUGAACCUACAAAGGUUUCUUGUCCCUGGUCUCUCCAGCAAAUCUGGGACUUGUGAACUCCACGGUGAGGGAAGGAGGAGAGGACCCUACUGAGGGGUAGGACUGAGCCUUGGCUCUCCCAGUGGACAGGGGCAUGAGUCCCCCACAUGCAGAUUUGGGAGGCCCAGUGUGGUCAGGGCUCUGGAACAGCACCCGGAACUGUGGGCAUAGAGAAGAAAGGCAGGUGGGGACGGGGGGUAAGGGCAGGUGGGGACAGUGUGUCUGAAAAGGUGUGUGCAGGCACAGAUGGACCAGCCCAGUGGAUAGUGGGGGAGUUAAGGGUCCUAAGGAGAGAGGAAAGCACUUCAACCAGAUGAAGACAGGCACGAGCAACAGACGUAGACAUCAGGGAAGGCCCCUGACCGGCAGGGGUGUGGGGGGAACAGAAGAGACUGGAAUGGAGAGAGGAGGGUUCCCAGGGUCUGCCCCGUCACUCUACAGGGAGCCUGGAUCCUGGUGGCAACGGAAGGGUUUUGAGAAUGAAAAACUGAGCAGUCAAUGGUUACCUGGCUUCAUCACUUCUGCUCUGUGUGACCCUGGGGCAAGCUAAUUAACCUCCCCGAGCCUUGGUUUCCUCAUUUAUAACACAGGGAUGAUAACAGAACUCCCUGGGAGGAUGAUUCGGGAGGGCUGACAGGAAUGACGAGGCGAAAAGCGGGUGGUGGCUCACCGUGCGCUCUGCGGAAAUUUAGGGGUGCCCAUUAGUACCUUUUUCCGGAAGAGUUGGACAGAGCGCCUGGCGGCGGGUGAUUCAGUUGCUUAGGUGGAUCAAAUUAACAGGCAGAUUUUCAACCCAGAUUCACACUUCCUGUGGAGACAGGCCCUAAAAGAGCGGGCGACGGUGUUUGUAAACAAUACCAGGGCAAUUCAAAGGUUGCCGUCGGCGGUGAAAGCAGUGGGUGUUAGGGAAGAGACUGGGGCUGGAAACAGUCUCCUCUGCGCCCGGGGUAGGGUCCAAGCCAGGCUGGCGUGGACAUCUUUGCAGUCUUCCUCCCCUUGUGUACACACACACACACACACACACACACACACACACACACACACACACACCAGCCCCUCAGGAACACACGAUUGUCCAUCUUCGGGUGUAGUCCCGCGGAUAGGAAUGAAGGAGUGAGUGGAUGGAGGGGAAGGGUUUGGGGGACGGUAAUGGCCGAGGGGAUUCGUCCCCAGCAGCCCCGAAGGCAGAGCGUGGCGCUGGGGUGGGGAGGCGGGAGAGGCGGGAGAGGCGCAGCGCGUCCUGGAGGGCCCCGGGCCGCCCGGGAACUGAGCUCAGGGGCCGGGUGGCCGACCCGCAGCGCCGCCUCCCGGGAGGAAGGCGGGGGCCGGGAGGAGGGAGCGGGAGGAGGCGGAGGGCGGCGGAGGGCGGAGGAGGGCGGCGCGCUGAGAGGUUAUUUGUGGUUCGCUUUGAUCCCGAGGGGGAACCUGAAACUCUCACAUUCCUGGCAUAGCAGCCGCCUCCGGCGCGGGCCGACCCUGGGGCUGCGCGCUGGGGCCCGAACGGCCAGAGCGUCGGCGCCACAGCCGAGUGCACACCUCCGCCGCCGAGCUGAGCCGAGCCGGGCCGGGCCGGGUCGCCGGGUCUGACUACGCCGAGCACCCGCGGGCCGCGGCG